CCUGUGUGUGUGUGUUGGGAAAAAUUCAUGGAGGGAUUGAGUGUCUGGACUGUGUAUGUGGAUGGUGUCAGUAAAAAGCGUUUGUUGGAAUUUGACUCCCGGGUUGGAAUACUUUUAGUUUACUUUGUUUUGAUACAAGCACAAGUUCAGCUAGCACACGUCUUGGAAGAACUCAUCUUCAUGUAGUCUCUGUUAUCACCUGGGAGGAAGCCGAAUCCUGCUGUUUGCUGGCGGUCGGGAUAACUAUUUCCGUGCGUUGGGCUAGCUGGCUAGCACUGACUAGCUGAAUGGCUAAUACUGCUGCAAAGCUAGACGAUAAUUAGCUGGCUGGCUAGCUAGCUUGCUGGUUACAAACCUAUAGACAGCCUGUUGGCUACCCUGCUAGCUAUUUUAGCCCAUAUUUAAAGGUGUUUCGACGUAAAGAAGAACGGAAUACCAGAGCCAGAGAUUAAUUCCUUUUGUACUAUUCUCUAAUUUUUUAUUUUAUUUUUACUUUCCAUUAUGGUCACCGUCGUAUCUGACAGCCUACGCGCCAUUGAUUGCACGAGCCUUCACCCAGUUUUCUCGGGAUGUUUUUAGAGGCAUGGCACCGCCACGGCGAGACAGUCCGCUGACAUUGGAUUCUACGGGUUUUUGUAUAUUUUUGUAAAAUAUUAACAAUGUAUCUACGCAGGAGCUUCUCUUUUCUGGGAUACGUCUAAACAUUCAAGUGACUGCGAGGGGGAAUCGACAGAAGGAAAGAAAAUAAGCGACCAUUCACCACGGGUUAUACGGAGUCAUACAAGAACUUUCCCUAAACAAAUAUAAUGGCUUCGGUGUGGAAAAGAUUACAACGUGUGGGGAAACAUGCGUCGAAGUUCCAGUUCGUGGCUUCCUAUCAGGAACUUAUGGUGGAGUGUUCAAAGAAAUGGCAACCAGACAAGCUGGUGGUGGUGUGGACGCGGAGGAGCCGGCGGAAAUCGUCCAAGUCUCAUGGGUGGCAGCCCGGCAUCAAGAACCCCUACAGGGGGGUGGUGGUUUGGCCGGUACCGGAGAACAUAGAGAUCACCGUGACACUGUUCAAGGACCCCCAUGCCGAAGAGUUUGAAGACAAGGAGUGGACGUUUGUCAUAGAAAAUGAGUCAUCGUCGGGUCGUCGGAAGGCUCUGGCCACCAGCAGCAUCAACAUGAAGCAGUACGCCAGCCCCAUGCCCACGCAGACGGACGUCAAGCUCAAGUUCAAGCCCCUCUCCAAGAAGGUCGUCUCGGCCACGCUGCAGUUCUCGCUGUCCUGCAUCUUCCUUCGUGAGGGCAAAGCCACUGAUGAGGACAUGCAGAGUCUGGCCAGCCUGAUGAGCAUGAAGCAGGCCGACAUCGGCAACCUGGACGAUUUUGAGGAGGAGAACGAGGAGGACGAGGAGAACAGGGUGAACCAGGGGGAGAAGGCUGCUAAGAUCACAGAGAUGGUAAACCAGCUUAAUGCACUGAGCUGCUUAGAUGUGGAACCUGACGAUGGCUUCCUAAAGCUGGCUAGUAAAACGCCUAGCAGCGUUCAGUCGCCGUCUGCUUCCUCCCAAGAGCUGAUCAGUAAAUUGAAUUUCAUGGAGGAGGACCGGGACCGGGACUCGCCCCCUGCCCUUUCCUCCAAUCCCUUUGAAGAUCCAGAUGACCACGACCGCUCCCACCUGGAACAGACCAAUCACCUCAACCCGUUUGAUGACCCCGAUGAUGACGGCCCGCCGUCCCUCCCCCCCUCCCUCACCCUCCGACCGGACCAGGAGGAGGCCCGCUACCCCAGCGAACCCUCCAAUCCCUUCGACGAGCCGGACUGGAACCCCGGGUCACCCCCAGACGCCGAGUACAACCCGUUUGACGAGCCGGACCCCCCGCCAGAGCCCCCCAAGCCCCGGGAGCAGAAGGGGGUCCAGCCGGUGGACAUGAGCAAGUACCUGUAUGCCGACACGACCCCCCCUCCGGACGACCCCCUGGAUGAAUCCAACCCGUUCUAUGAGCCCCGGACCUCCAGUCCAUGCCGCCCGUUGCGAGACCCUUCACCGGACUUCGGUGGCCAGAAGAGGAGAGCUCCGCAGCCCCCAGGACCCCCGGGACCCAGCCCCUCCGUGGCCCAGACCUCCAGAGCGGGGCCAGAGCGGCCCGUGCCCCCUGGCCCCGGGGCUGUGGCCGCCAUGAUGGGGAGAGAGCUGACCUCCGCGUCCUCCCCAAAGCCCAGCCCCUUCCCCAGCCCAGUGCUAAGUGGGAAGCCCAACGCUAGCCAAUCACUGCUGGUCUGGUGCCGUGAAGUCACAAAGAACUACCGCGGGGUCAAGAUCACCAACUUCACCACUUCCUGGAGGAACGGGCUGGCGUUCUGCGCCCUGCUCCACCACUUCAGACCGGACUACAUAGACUACAAGGUGCUCAAUCCCCAGGAUAUUAAAGAAAACAACAAGAAGGCCUACGAUGGCUUCGCCAGUCUGGGUAUCAGUCGUCUGCUGGAGCCGUCCGACAUGGUCCUUUUGGCCAUCCCGGACAAACUGACCGUGAUGACCUACCUGUACCAGAUCCGGGCCCAUUUCAGUGGCGAGGAGCUCAACGUGGUCCAGAUCGAGGCCAACAGCAGCCGGAGCACGUACAAGGUGGGGGACUUUGAGACGGACACCAACGCCUCCAUCGGCCAGGACAAGUUCUACGCCGAGCUCAACGUCGGUGACGCUAACGCCCAGACCAGCGGGUCCAGUGGGGACCUUAGCGUGGGCGCUAACGGCGCUAGCGCCCCCAACGGAGCCCUUGCUAAAGAGGAUGAGUCGACGGCUGAUGGAGGGAGCGAGACUGUGCCUCUCUCCCUCACUGCUGUGAGAGUGUCCCCCUCGCCCACCACCUCUCCCCCCACCCCAUCGCCCCGCACAGCCACGCCCACCUCCCCCACGGACCCCUCCCAUCCCAGAGCAGCGCCUCGCUCCCUAGCAACCAAACUUAUUGGGGAUGACGGACGGCAGCUGAAACCACCUCCCAAGGUGGAGACCUUUCACUUGGAUGACCCACCUCUGAGGGUGGAGAGAAGGAUGGAGAGGGAAACCACGAAGCCAGAAGGUACAGGGGGCGGAUCCCCGGACAAUGGUGCGCUAGAUUCAGGGUCCCCUAAAUCGGUGAGGUCCUUUGGUCCUCCAGGUGCCAUGCCCUCCUCGUCAUCCUCCCACAAGCUAGGCUCCUCCUACAACCGUGAUGCGGACCUCAUCAAGAAGAAGAGGGCUGGCCUCCGGCACUUUGACUCUGAGCCCACCUCUGACUAUAGCAGCACCGCCCCUAACAACCAUGCUGAUUUGCCCACUGAAAAGGAAUCUGCACCGGUCUCCAUCUCCCCGGUGGAAAAGAAGGUGCAGUCUCGGCAGGAGGAACUGAAGGAAAGAGCCAGGCUUCUCCUGGAACAGGCCCGGAGGGAUGCUGCUAUAAAGGCUGGCAGCAAGCACACGCCCAACUCUGCUUUCUCAGGCCCGGUUAAAACACCACAGAUCACCGACGAGCGGGAUCUGGAGCGUCGGAGACAGCUGAGAGAGAGGGCCAGGCAGCUGAUCGCGGAGGCUCGCUCUGGAGUCAAGAUGUCCGACCCGCUUUAUGACCCCAGUGCCAAUAGAGGGAGGGGGGCAGGUGGCCCUUCUGCAGAUGUUUUGGAUGGAGGUGCUGCUGGCGACGGGGGUGAGAUGGAGAGGAGGAGGAGGAGCGAUGCGGAGGAGCAGUAUGAUGACAUUGGGUCUGAGGCCGCUCUGAUAGACACUAACCCCCAGGAGGCUCCAGUCCCUGUGCUCCCCGCCCAGGGGCAUCAGGAGCGUACUAACCCCAGCUCUGAUCUAACCUCUUCGGGUUUGAACAGCAAACAUGUGGACCUGAAGCUGAAGAUGGUGGAGCUCAGACCAGGAGGAACCAACUCUUCCUCAUCUCCGUCUUCCUCCUCUUCCUCUCCCUCCGUCUCCUCGUCCGUGUCUCCGCUCAGCCCCACAGAGAGCGAUGCCGACCUGCAGGCUGAGCGUUUCCGGAGGGCAUCCGAGAGGCUUCGGAGUCCUGUGGUGUUUAACAAGGAGCCGGCCGUGAGGAAAACACAACUCAAGUCCUUCAGCCAGUAUGUGGACCCCAGACCAGACAUAAAGCGUCAGAGAUCAGUGCCAGAGGAUCUGAGGAGGGCCGGCCAGGAGAGAGGCCUGGCUAUAGACACCGACGCUCCAAAGCCUUAUGAAGAUGAAAAGGCGUUCAAAGACACCAGUCAGUACGUGGUAGGGGAGCUGUCUGCGCUGGAGAGCGAGCAGCGGCACAUUGACGCCCGGGCAGCGCGCGUUGAGAAGAGGCUGCGCUAUCUCAUGGACACAGCCCCAGUGCCUUUGGAUUCAGGAAACAACAAGGAGGAGGAGGAGUCCAUGAUGCAGGAGUGGUUCAUGUUGGUCAACAAGAAGAACGCCCUGAUUAGGAGACAGAACCAACUCUCCUUACUGGAGAAAGAGCACGAUCUGGAGAGACGCUUCGAGCUGCUCAACCGGGAGCUACGCGCCAUGCUGGCCAUUGAGGACUGGCAGAAGACCGAGGCCCAGAAGAGGAGGGAGCAGCUGCUGCUAGAUGAACUGGUCAUACUGGUGAACAAACGAGAUGCUCUGGUCAGAGACCUCGACGCCCAGGAGAAACAGGCAGAGGAGGAAGACGAACACCUCGAGAGGACGUUGGAGCAGAACAAAGGCAAGAUGGCCAAGAAGGAGGAGAAGUGUGUCCUCCAGUGAUUGUCUGCAGGACUUCACACACAACAGUCUGCGUCCCAAAUGCCCCCCUAUGCCCUGUGUAGUGCCCCCUUUUUUUUAUGAGGACAAGAAGGGCAUUAGGGAUUAUGGAGCUGGUUGGGACGCAGAAGUAGGCUACGUUGGAUGGUGACGAGAUACAAGAACUGUAUUGUUAUUAGUAUUCAUAUACCAUUAUAUUGACCAUUGGAGAAACGUGUAUUUGAACUGAAUGCGAAAGCCAGACUCUGGUUUUUGUUGGUUUUUCCUUUCUUCAUUUUGUGGUGGGGGAGGGGGUGUAUGGUGGCCCUAACUAAAAGAAUGCCUCCCAAAACACACCCCGUUCCCUGUAUGGCGUACUACUUUUACCAGCCAUGCGUUGUGGUGGUUAGAAGUGAUGCGCUGUCUAGGGAAUAUGGUUUCGGGCCGUUUGGGGGCGUGGUCUUAAAGCCCCUCCUACAAUGUCAGCCUUUGGGGCCUGGCACCAGCUCCAUCCUGACAUGGGCUCCACUUAUACUACAGGAUAUUUGUAUUUUGUUGUGUUUCUGCUUUGUCAAGCAAGGUACUUGUAUUUAAUAUAAAUAUAAAUGAUGGAAGAAGAUGUGACACAGCGCAAAUGUACGUUAAGGAUGUGUUCAGACAUGACCAUGUGCUGGCUGAGGAAGAACUGUGUGGCUCUGGAGUUUAUAACCUGGGAAUUAAAGAUUAAUCGAACACGUCUUUGUCAAAAUGUUGCCGUUUUAAGGAGUUAGGAGAGGUUGCUUUUAGUGGUCUGGAGGUAGAGCACAAUGUGUUUUAUGGGGAUUUUAAUUGCAUCAUUGGUGAUGAUAGCCUGUGAUGUUGGACUGACUAUUAAUUCAGCAUUUUCUAUUUUAAAUACCAAUACCAGGCAAGUCAGGAUGUCAGUAUUUUCAAGCUAUGGUCAUGACUGUGUAUGUUUUUUAAUUACUUUAACAUUCUAACUUCUAAGACCUCUUUAGGGGAAUACACGAUUAAUGCAGUUCAGCUCAUAUAAGUGAAAUUGUAUGAUCGUUGGGGUUUUUUUCUUGUUGUUUUCGCUUGAAUGCGGUUUACCAAACAUAGCCGAAGAGCUGGUCCAGUGGAAGGGGGACGGGGGGGGUAG